AUGGCGAAACAAACUUCUUCAAAUGAGGUAACUUGCAUUUCUAGAGCAGAAACACAGAAAGUGAAUACUGCUGAAAAAAGCAAAACUGAGAAAACCAUUUCGACUGAACAGCAAAGCUCAGAUUUAGAUAAAACAAAACUGUUAGAAGAUGCCAAUGUAGACACAACAAAACACACUACUAAAGUAACCUCUCCAAAGCAAGCAAGAGAAAAACCUGGUGAUGCAUUUGGCGGCAAAACAAUGAAAGUGGAUUUAAAGAAAGCUAGAGAGAAACUACAGAACAACAAAACUGAAGACAAAACUUUAAAAAUGGAAACAGACAAGGAGAAAACACAAAGAGCAGAACAGAAUUUAAUGGUCAUAGACAAGUCAUCUUUACUAUCUGAUGGAACCAAAAAACAGCAAACGUCACCAAAGUCUUUGCCCAAACAUGAUAGAUUUGAACAAAUAGAAGAGCCUACAAAGAUUACAAGCAGUUCUUAUAGUCCAAAAUCAAGAACAAAAAUCUCCAAGAAUGAUUCAUCAGAUGAGACAGAACAAAUAAAUUUUAAAGACACAAUUGACAAUAUUAAGACUAACCUUAAAAGCAGACCAAAGCAGAAUGAUAGCAAAGAAAGGUUAAUGCCAGUUAAAAAAGAAAUUAGUAAUAAGUCCACUAAGACUGAAAAUAAAACUGAGGAGGUAGAAAUGUACAAAAUUGAUUCCAGUCAACAAAAGGAUGAUAAACGCAUUUUGUCAUCAACAAAGAAUACAAGCGAAGAAAAUACACAAGAAAAAACACUGUUGAAAGGAAAAGACACUAAAAUUACCGUUGAUGAAUCGGAUACCAGUAAAAAGGAUGAUAAGACUACCCAGAUUCCACAUUUUGAUAAGGACAGGAGUAAGAGCCUUCCUGGAGAUAGGGACAGCAUAAACACAGCCGAUCUCCAGACCAAGAAAGAGGAAAGUAGCAAAAAGAAGGAUAAAUCAAACAGUUCAGGCAAAAAUUCCAAAGAGAACAAGGGUGAUGAUUCUUCUGACAGAAAAAUGUUAUCUUUAGAAAUUACCGACAAAGAACCAGGACAUAAUGAGGAAAAACCAAAUUGGAAGAAAUUAAUCAAGGUAGAUAAAAUGAAAUCUAAGGAGGAGAAAAGUAAUCCAACUUUAAAAGACAUAAUAAGCCAAACAAGAAACAAAUUACAGAAGCCUCCAAAAGUGACCGAUUUAUUGCAGCCAGAGCCUGGUCAAGAUGUCCAGGAUGGUCAAGUAGAAAUUGGGGAAGAUAAAGUAAUAGGUAAACAAACAAAUACAGAGGCUCCAUCACCAUUAAAUGCCCAGAACACUGAGAUACUUAACAAAUCCACUCAGUCAAUUUUAGCAAACCAUAAACAAGGCAUUAAUGAUGAUAUUAAGGUUUUAAAACAGGAUAAUGAAAGCUCUAAUGAAGACUCUGGUAAAAUGAAAACAUUAAAGCAAACUGAAAAAGAUAUUAGUUUUAAUCUAAAAACAGAGGAAUUAAAAACUAAUGAAGUAAAACUGAAAAUGGGAGAACACCAAAAAAUAAAAAUGUUGGAGAACAAUUCAUCCAGGAAACUAGCCAACAGAGCUCUUGAAGAAGAAAAUUCAAGGUCACUUAAAAGUGCAUCAGACAAUAUGACUAAAAUAUUGGAUAAACAAACCUUAGAAGUGAGCACUAAGCAGCCAGAGGAGAAAUCUAAAAAUAGACAUCACAAGAGUAAGACAACAGAUGGUAAAACAAUUGUAUUGGACCCAGGUAACACAAAAAGUAACUCAACCACUGACGUAAAGCUUGGCUCACGAGCAGACGAUAAGGUUCACAUCACACACAACACAGAAGUAGGUGCUAAGGAAUCAAAGCUUGUCAAUCAAGAAAAAGAAUCAAAUGAAAUGUGCCAAGGUACACUGGCUCUAUACACACACAGGAAAAAGCAAUCUCAGGCUAAAAAUGAAGCAGAGGUCAAAGGGGUCACAGAACCACAGAGUAAUUUAGAUAGAAAGAAUGAGACAAGUAGAGGGAAAACAAAUCUGAAAACGACAAGCGUGGCAGAGAAACACACUGAAGGGAAGAAGUCGAGCAGGGCAGAGUUACACACUGGAGACAAAUCUGGUUCAUCAUUUGAUCAGCAUUCUGUGAAUAAUGAAGGAAUAAAAGAUGAAAAGAACAUCUGUGCUUAUACUCAGCAGGAGAAAUCAUUUGUCAAUAAGCAAAGUAAUAAAACAAUUGGAGUGACAAAAGGAUUAGAAGAAACAGCUAUAAUAAAACCAGAUGUCAGUGACGAGUCACCUAGGAAUAAAGACAAUAAGAGAGCAAGUACAAGCAAAGGAUCUAAUAAAAAGACUAAAGUGUUGAAGGAAUUUGUAGUUAUUAAUGAAGUCAAACCUGUUAGUGAUGGCGACAUCUUACAGACAGGGGGAGCAGCAAAUAAAAUGAAGGAUUUAAGUGAGAGAGGAGAAGAGGCAACAGUUAUAAAUCUUAAGCCUGUUAGUAAGAAAGUGACACUGCAGGAAAGUGACAUUAAAAACGAAGGGGAAAGUGAACAGGUGAAGGAUUUACUAAGAAGCAGAGAGAAAUCAAUUGAUGUGGACAAAAAAUCUGGCAAAGAUGCAUUAAGUGGGAUAGAGAAUGGAAGCAGUGCUCCACCUGAAGAGCCACAACCAAAGAAAAAAGAAUUGGCUGAAACGGAAGAUAAAAAGAGUUUAAGCAAAACAGACAAUAAAAAUGGUGUAAGCAAAAAGGACGAGUUGCAGACUAAAACUAAGAGCAGACAUAAGUUUGAAUUGCCUCUGUUAAAGUCUUCAAAGGUGAAAGCUGAUUCAGUAGCACCUGAGAAAACAAGUAAACAAAACAGUAUUACUAUUGAAGAAAAACCAGGAAAAGGGUUCUUAAAUACUGAGGGAAACAGUAACCUGAAGGAAACAUUGGACCAAAAAGCUGAAAUGUCUGUAAAUCUUAAAAGCACCAAGGCUGAUAAGCAGGUCUCUGAUGGAGUGUCCAAAUCUAAGAGUGCUCUUAAAGUUAAAUUUGAUACUGAAGUAAAAUAUUCUAGUGGAAAUGAAGUUAAUGAGAAUUUGAAUAGAAAACAUUCCAAAGAUAGUAAAGCAGGUACAAGUAAGAGUUCACAAGAUGACAAAGAUGUGAAGCAUUCUGGUGGAUCUCCAAUACAAAACAGGAAGAAAGUAGCCCAAGACAAUGGGCAGGGUGGGCCAAAACAAAAUGGUAAAAAGCAAGAAGUAUGUAGUGAUCCGGGUGUCUUACUUAGUCCCAAGGGAUCACCAAAGGAAAAUCGAAAGAAACUAACCGCUGGAAGUGACCAAAAUGGAUCACCAAAGCAAAAUAGAAAGAAACUGAACACUGCAAGUGAUCCAGAAAAUAAUGGUCUACAGAAAAAGGUCCAUUUUAAAGAUGUAGACAAGGAUUAUCAGAGGAAAGUCUAUGCACAGGAAGUGGCCAAGAAAAUUCAGACAUCCAUCAUUGCUGACAUGAGAAGUAAACUUAGAUCCAAAGCAGCAGCCAUUGAAAAGCACCAGGAGAGGAUAAAGGCAAAAGAGGCCAAGACUCAGGAAAAAAGUUCACAGCCUGUUAUGUCUACUGCUCAGGCAGAGGUCAAAGAGACUUCACAAUUAGCUUCCAAACCAGCUAUCAAACUGUCCCCUGAAACACCCACAGAGUCCCCAGACAACAGGAAAACUCAAGGUGUGUCAACAAGCACUGCAUCAGAAAAGUCCAAACAAGAACUUAUAACAGCUGUCAAAACAAUAGAGAAAACUGACAUCGUCAAGGAAAAUCAGACAAAGGAUAAAGGUAAAGCAGAACAAAAAGAAGAUUUGGUCACAGAAAAUAAGGAAACCAAAUCUGUGAAACAAAAUGAAAAAGUAACAGAAAAAUAUAAGAAUGACAGUAAAAAGAAUGAAGAAAAGAGUGAAGGUAAACAGAAUGUCAGUUCCUCACCAAUACUAGUCACCAAAAAUAGAGACAUGUCAGAGGACAUCAGUAGAGGAGAGCAGGCAAACCAAGGCGUCUUUGAUGUCUCAAAGUUUAUAACAAACACUAAAAUUAAGGAGUUUAAGAAGGAAUUGAAAACUGAUGAUCAACACCAAGAGAAAGAGAAGAAACUUAGUGGUAAAGAUAUCCAAAUAACUAGAGGUGUUGAAUCAAAUCAGAGAAAUGACAUUCAGUUUAUUUCCACAAGUUUCUCAGGACCAGAGUCACCAACCAGUGUAGGCAGCUCAAAGGAUGACCAGAAAUCCCCAGAAUUUACUUACCAGAAGUUUGACUUUGAUGAAAGCUCAGAGAGCAAAUCUCACAGCUCUGACUCCACAGUGAGGGCUGAUCAAGUCUCUGAUGAGGAAGAGGUGGGGGAAGGUAGUAAUGAGGACAUCAUGGCAGAGCUGAGGAAGCUUCUUCCUCUGGAGAUCUUCAGCUCGAGGAGGAGACACAGAACUGAGGAUGAUGAAGAUGUUCCCUGUGACUGCUGUGAGUGCCAGGGCUCCAGUGAGGAUGAGUACAGCAUGGAUGGCAGGAUGCCUCAGCUGUCUGUGAUUGGGGAGGAGGAUGAAGAGACAGUGUCUGUGUUUGAUCCUGAUAAAAUGGACAGUGAGGAGAUGCAGUUCCACAGGACAUUCAUGGAGAAAGUGUACAGCAGGAAUCCUCGAGCCUCCAAGGUCUUUAACCCUGGGGUUAUAGUGUCGAGUUCUGACUCUGAGGAGAGUGAAGAGGCAGAGGAGUCAGAUGACUCAGCUUUUGAUUCCAUGAAGAGACCUGUAUUUGACAUUGAGGCAUUCCUAAAAUACACAGGAAAUGUGGAGGACUGGCUAGAGAGGAUAGAAGAAUUUGGUAAUGUCACAGGCAUGCUGCCAUUCAUCUUCAUCGUAUAA